AUGAACGAUGGAUUUUACAAACAUCCCCUUCCUUCACCUCCUGCAAUUGAUUUUGUUUCAGAAGAGGGCAAGCAACUUUUUCGUGAAGCUAUUGAGAAUGGAACCAUGGAAGGUUUCUACAAGUUGAUUUCUACUUUUCAAACGCAAUCUGAGCUCUGUUUUUGUGGCCUCGCGAGCCUGUCCAUAGUCCUCAACGCUCUUGCUAUUGAUCCUGGAAGAAGAUGGAAAGGACCUUGGAGAUGGUUUGAUGAAUCUAUGUUGAGGAUUUACACAAAUAUUGAAAAGGUGAAAGGUGGAGGCAUUGUCUUUGGGGAUCUUGCGUCUUUGGCUGGUUCUGCUGGAGCCAAAGUUGAAUUUUUUUAUGCUAGCGAAAACACCAUUGAAGAUUUUCGUAAAUAUGUCAUCAAGUGUUCAAGUUCUGAUCACUGUCACAUAAUCGCAUCAUACUACAGAUCGGCCCUCAAACAAAUUGGAGGUGGUCACUAUUCUCCUAUAGGAGGAUAUCAUUGUAAAAAGGACAAAAUACUUAUUUUGGAUGUAGCACGUUAUAAGUAUCCUCCUCAUUGGGUUCCACUUCAAGAUCUUUGGGAAGGCAUGAAUUGUAUUGACGAGUGUGUUGGGCUAUCUAGAGGGUAA